UACGUGGAUAACUAAAAUAGAUUUUGGAAUAUUUUUACGUAUUGUGAUCUGUUAUCAAGGCGAACAAACUUAAAGCAAUCAUUAUAGACUUGGAUAUUACAAGUUUUAGGUAAAAAGUAUUUUGUUGUGACGAAAAAUACUGUAAUGUUUAAAUCGUUGAUGAACUCUGUGUUAACUCAGGCCAGUUGUCAAGAGGGGGCUGGUUAUUUAAAAAGAGCAGACACAGAAAAAUUACAUGAUAUAUUCCUGAAAUAUGCCACUGUUGAAAAGAACGGUGAGAAGCACAUCACUAGUGAAGAUUUUGUAAGGAAAUUUUUAGGAUUAUUUGAUGAAGAUGACUACAACAAGGAGUCAGUCAAACUCAUCGCGGGCAUUGUGGACUUGGACAAAGAUGGGUUUAUCUCGUUUUCCGAGUUCCAGGCAUUUGAGGGUCUUCUGUGUGUACCAGACGCACUGUAUAAAACGGCUUUCCAGCUGUUCGACACAAAUGGCAAUGGACUCGUGGCUUUUGAUGAAUUCGCCGAAGUCAUGCGCAAAACUGUUUUACACAAGAAGCUCCCGUUCAACAUGGAGUCGACCUUCGUCCGAUUGUACUUCGGCAAGGACAAGAAGCGUCUGGUGACGUACCAGGAGUUCAGCCAGUUCCUCCACGACUUCCACGAGGAGUACGGCGUGGAGGCCUUCAAGAAGUGCGACAAGGACGGCACCGGCUUCAUCAGCGCCGGAGAUUUCAGGGACAUCAUGAUGUCUGUGAAGAGCCAUCUGUUGACAAAGGAACUGAAGACUAAAGUUAUUAGCGCAUCGGGCUUCCCUCAAGGCGAACGCAAAAUAAGUUUCCCAUACUACAUGGCGUUCAAUUCUCUUUUAAACAAUAUGGAACUUAUCAAACGUGUGUAUCUGAAUGCUACUAACGGACAUAGAACUCAGGAAGUCACUAAGGAAGAGUUCCUCCACUCCGCUCAGAUGAUGAGUCAGAUCACACCAUUGGAAGUCGAGAUACUGUUCACUCUCUGCGAUAUGAUCAACCAAACAAAUGGUCGCAUCAUUUACAACGAUCUCAACACAAUCACACCAGAGCAAUACUUCAAACACGUCACACGCCGAGUCGCAGAGAUCAAAGCGGUCUCGAGUCCCGAGGAACGCAGUUUCCUUAUUCAAAUUCUCGAGAGUACAUACAGGUUCACACUGGGUUCCAUCGCUGGUGCGGUGGGCGCGUCGGCCGUGUACCCGAUAGACCUGGUGAAGACGCGCAUGCAGAACCAGCGCGCGGGCUCGUUCAUCGGCGAGGUGGCGUACCGCAACUCGUGGGACUGCUUCAAGAAGGUGGUGCGCCACGAGGGCCUGUUCGGCCUCUACCGCGGCCUCGUGCCGCAGCUCAUCGGCGUCGCGCCCGAGAAGGCCAUCAAGCUCACGGUCAACGAUCUUGUUCGUGACAAAUUUAUGGACAAAAAUGGAAAUAUUAAUCUUUACGCAGAAAUUCUCGCCGGUGCUUGCGCGGGCGGGUCGCAGGUGGUGUUCACGAACCCGCUGGAGAUAGUGAAGAUCCGGCUGCAGGUGGCGGGCGAGAUCGCCAGCGGCGAGCGCGUGCGGGCGCUGGCCGUCGUGCGCGACCUCGGCCUCAUGGGGCUCUACAAGGGGGCGCGGGCCUGUCUGCUGCGCGACGUGCCCUUCAGCGCCAUCUACUUCCCCGCCUACGCGCACGUCAAGGCGAAAUUCGCAGACGAGAACGGCUACAAUCACCCGCUGACGCUACUGGCGGCCGGAGCCAUCGCCGGCAUCCCCGCCGCCUCGCUGGUCACGCCCGCUGACGUCAUCAAGACCAGACUACAGGUUGUAGCGAGAUCAGGUCAAACUACCUACACUGGAGUAUUGGACGCGACUAGAAAAAUAUACGCGGAAGAAGGUGCCAGAGCUUUUUGGAAAGGAGCUCUAGCUCGAGUGUUCCGAUCGUCUCCACAGUUCGGUGUAACGCUAGUCACAUAUGAAAUCUUACAACGUCUGUUCUACGUUGAUUUCGGAGGAUCACGACCGACUGGAUCUGAGCUACACGUUUCGACGCCGAUAGAAGAAACCAAGAAGAAGGCGCACCACAUCGGCGGGUACCAGGUGGCCAUCCCCGUGCUCACCGGCCUCGAGACCAAGUUCGGCAUCUCCUUGCCGAGAUUCUCCUUCGCCAAACCUCAGUAAGCAAAUUAAACUCUAUUUCGUUUGCGAUAGAGACCAUUUUUUAAUUUUUGUUGACAGCUCAAGUGAAAUCGUCUAUUCGGCGGGACGAUUAUGUACUCGUGAAAUAUCCUCUUAAAUUUAUACUAAAAUUUGAUUUUAAAAUUAUAAUUCGACAUUCGAAAUGUUUUGUUCAUUUUUAAAAAGAAAUUAAUAUGUGUGAGCUCUAUGUUUAAGUGAAGAUGUGAAAUAGUAAUGUUGCAGUAUUUUUCGUCACAUUUCUGGUCUUAUUCCAAUGCCAUAAAGUUCAGUAUCUCGUUACGUAUUUUAUUACCACGACAGUGUUGUUUGUGUUUAUAUUAAAGUUCCUGAUUUAAAUAACCUCAUACGUAUAUAUUUCUUUUCUACAUAUAUGAUUAUUAUAAAAGUCAUUUUAAUAAGUGAUGGUACUAUUUGAAAUUAACUCUGUGAUUUAUUUGUAAUAUUAUAUCGGCAAAAUCUAUAUUUAAUAAUUGAUUGUAUAAAUUAACAGCCUUAAUUAUGAAAAAAAAACUGUUGAGUCAAAUUAUUGUUAUUCAAAAUAACGCAGGAAUAAUUUAUUUCAUAGAAAUCGGAAGUGAAACUGUCAGUUGUCUCGUUUAUUAUUAUUUGCAUUUGUUUGUUAAUAAAAUAUGAAGGUUAUAUAAGUAAGGCUGUUAACUAUUAAUUCUAUAAACUCAUGGUACAAUAAAAACGGCAAAUAUCUAAUUUAUAAUAUCCAGUAAGUAGUAUCAUUGUAUGAUAUAUUGUAAAAAAAAUGUUUUGUCUUGAUUUCAUAUCUGAAAGCUUUUAAAAUACGCCGAGGUAGUUGUUUAUUGUUUAAUAGUUUUAAGUGAUUAUUGAAAUCGGUCGAAAUUUUUUAUUGUUGAUUUAUUUUGUUAUGACUUUUUUUAUUAUUAUAACUAUAAGAAACUUUAUAUUUCUGAAUAACAACUAAUUAUUUUAUAACAGGCACUGCCUUUUACUAUUUUUGAAAUGUGUUCAAUCGUAUAAUUACCAGUAUACAUUUAAUAACAUAUUAAUCUUUUCUGAGAGAAAUGUUGAAAUAUUGAAAAUUUUAACCUCAUUUUGUGGCAGUAUCAUACUAAUUGACUUUUAAGCGAACGUACGGAAGGUAAAUGGAUUUAAAACCUUAAAAGUGUGUAGAUUAGAGGUGAAACUCAAAAAUUUUGAAUUAAUAAAAUUUAUAUAUAUCACCUAUUUUAUAAUAUAGUUGCACAAUUGUUAUUAAUGCGUAAUACGAAAGUCUCGUUACUAUUUUAAAAAGCAAAAGAAUUGUGUAAUAUUGC